UCUGAUCUGCAAAUAAUAUUGGGUGUGGCUCAGUGGUUGUUUCUUCUUGUUAAAACACCUGCUUGAUUGAAAAGCUCUGCUACAAAUAAAACAUUUCAAGAUGCGUAAAGGAUUUGAAAGUGACUUGCUGCUGGAUAGCCCUGAUAGGAGGCAGAGGAGGGAGAGAAGCAGAAGUAUAAUAGUGACUUCAUUCAGUCUCUUUCUGUUUCUCUUGUAUGCGUUGGCUCUGGUCAUGAUUCUUGUUUCAAUUGGUUUCUUUACUGUAACUGAUGACAAGGUCAGGAGCUGGAUAAGGUUAAAUAGCAGCCAAUCUGAGUUAGAUGAAAAUGACAGUGACUCCAACUGCAUUCUACACAGUAGCUCUGAUGAUGAUGGUGAUGAAGAGCGAUAUAAAUUUGGCAAAGAUAUAUUCUGCUACUUGAAUUAUGCUGGUGAAGCUUUCAUAGCUUUCAUAUGCCUCGUACUUCUUAUAAUUUCAAUAUUUCAAGCUUGGUAUGGCAGAUGGAGCUGUUGUUUUGUAACAUUUAAUAUGACAGUCCUGUUAGUUGCAUUGUUAACGGGUGUAUUUCUUGGAUACAAUUUUUUAAUUGGACUUAUCGAUCCGAUAUGCAAUGAAUCUAAACAAAAUGAUCUGUGUAAUGACAUACAGUUGCUUUGGUUAUCAGGGGGUGCUCUAUUAGUGGCUUACACUUCUCUCUGUGAGAGUGGCUUGCUGCUUCUGCAAAUUGGGUGUGGCUCACAGGCUCAGUGGUUGUUUCUUCUUGUUUAAACACCUGCUUGAUUGAAAAGCUCUGCUACAAAUAAUAACAAAUUUCAAGAUGCGUAAAGGAUUUGAAAGUGACUUGCUGCUGGAUAGCCCUAAUAGGAGGCAGAGGAAUGAAAAGAGCAGAAGUAUAAUAGUGACUUCAUUCAGUCUCUUUCUGUUUCUCUUGUAUGCGUUGGCUCUGGUCAUGAUUCUUGUUUCAAUUGGUUUCUUUACUGUAACUGAUGGCAAUGUCAGGAGCUGGAUAAGGUCAAAAAGCAAUUUCACUGAGUCAAAUAAAACUGACAGUGACAGUGAUUCCAACUGCAUUCUACACAGUAGCUAUGAUGAGGAUGAUGAAAAGCAAUAUAAAUUUGGAAAAAAUGCCUUCUGCUACUUAAAUUAUGCUGGUGAAGCUUUAAUGGGUUUCAUAUGCCUCGCACUCCUUGUAAUUUCAAUAUUUCAAGCUUGGUAUGGCAAAUGGAAUUGUUGUUUUGUAACAUUUAAUAUGAUCAUGCUGUUAGCUGCAUUGUUAAUGGGCAUAGCCCUUGGAUACAAUCUUUUACUUGGACAUAUCAGUCUCUGCAGUAGAUCUAAUCCGGAUGAUACUCAUAAUCCGUGUAAUGAGAUGGAUUUGCUUUUGUUAUCAGGGGGUGCUCUAUUAGUGGCUUAUGCUUCUCUCUGUAUAGCAAUUGUUCUGGAGCUCUUAAUGAUGCUAUGCCAUCUUAGUACUAGGAAACAGAAUCAAAGACAAGGUCUACCAAAAAGUGAUCGAGGCUAUCCAUGGAUAGAUGAAACAGUCCUUAUGGGACGAGAAAGGCCCAAACAAUUUGACUAACUGGUAGUUUUUAUGCAUGAAAGACUAAAACAGCUUUAUUUUGUGUGAAAAUUAAAUAAA